AUCGUCACUUCAGCCAGAGUUUUCCUCGCCACUUUACCCGUAGCUUUGCUUAACCUACUGCCCAAAUAUCCAGGCCGAAACAAGGCGGCUCUGAAAUCUCUCCUGCGACCGCCGUGCCCUAGAGUUGCAGACGCUCACGCGCAUCUCCUCCAUCGCCGUCUCCGUUGUACCUCACCGCGCUCCUGCUGUCUCCGCCCCGUUUGCAAUCUUGGACUUUGGGGUUUCGAGGUAUGAGCUUCUCCACAGAUUUUGGGUGUGCCGGCACACACCCGCCACACCAUCUAGAUCCGCCCCUUCCUGUUCCUGCGAAGAUGUUUCUUGGUGCGAGUGCAAAGCAUUAUCAGAGAAAGAAGCGGUUUUCUGGUUGCCCUAGUCGGCGGCUCGAAUGCUCCGCAAAUCCGCGUUCGUCUGGGCCACGGCGCACCAAGGAUACCCUGUAUGACCUCCAUCCUGAGAUCUCGAUGCUUUAUGGAGAGGAUAAUGGUGCAAUUGCCGCCCCAAGCAAGGAGGAGGGUAUCGGAAAAGCCACUGAAAGCUUACCAGACACCUCUAUCACGUACCGCUACAAUGAGCCCCGGAUUAAAGUCAUUGGUGUUGGAGGUGGUGGCUCCAAUGCUGUGAACAGGAUGAUUGAGAGCUCCAUGAAGGGGGUCGAAUUCUGGAUCGUGAAUACCGAUUUCCAGGCUAUGAGAAUGUCGCCCCUUGAUCCGGAGAAUAGGUUACCGAUUGGUCAGGAGUUGACACGAGGUCUUGGUGCUGGUGGGAACCCGGAAAUUGGCAUGAACGCAGCCAAGGAAAGCCAGGAGUUGGUAGAACAGGCAGUCUCUGGUGCUGAUAUGGUGUUUGUGACGGCUGGAAUGGGCGGUGGUACAGGCACUGGUGGGGCGCCCAUCAUAGCUGGGAUUGCAAAAUCCAUGGGUAUACUAACUGUCGGAAUUGUGACAACUCCAUUUUCAUUCGAGGGAAGAAGGCGGGCACUUCAGGCACAAGAAGGAAUUGCAUCCUUGAGAAGCAAUGUUGAUACACUGAUAGUAAUCCCAAAUGACAAGUUACUGACUGCUGUUUCCCCAAAUACUCCUGUGACAGAAGCAUUCAAUUUGGCAGAUGAUAUUCUUCGGCAAGGUGUUCGUGGAAUCUCAGAUAUCAUCACUGUGCCAGGCUUGGUCAAUGUUGACUUUGCUGAUGUUCGAUCAGUUAUGUCAGAUGCAGGUUCAUCCUUGAUGGGCAUUGGAACAGCGACAGGUAAAACAAGAGCAAGAGAUGCUGCACUCAAUGCCAUCCAGUCUCCUCUACUUGAUAUUGGUAUUGAAAGAGCAACAGGAAUCGUUUGGAAUAUCACUGGAGGAAGUGACCUAACAUUGACAGAGGUGAAUGCAGCAGCUGAAGUGAUAUAUGAUCUUGUCGAUCCUGGUGCAAAUCUGAUUUUUGGCUCUGUUAUAGACCCAUCAUAUACUGGUCAGGUGAGCAUAACUUUGAUUGCAACUGGAUUCAAGCGCCAGGAGGAAGGUCAAAGCCGAUCUGCGCAGGUUGGAGGUGACAACAAUCAUGGUCGCAACACUUGGUUCUCUUCAUCCUCCCAGGAGGAAGGCCCAAAGUUGCAGAUUCCAGAGUUCCUACAAAGGAAAGGACGUUCAGGGUUUUCCAGAGGCUAAAACCCCAGCAGUUUAGCUCAUCUCUUCAUUCUCGUUUCUUGUAGCAUCGUACUUAUGUUCCCUCCUUUGUUUUCUUCCGUUGCAAGCUUUAGAUAAUAGACUGGCAGCAUUAGAGCACAUCUGAACCGUAUCUCAUCAACGUGUAAACAUGCUAUGUGUUUUCUCAGGCGUCCGAGGCUUCCUCUUGGAACACAGGAUUUCUUUUUCUUGUUCCAAGAAACAAGCCGAUUCUUGAAAAACAGGCCCUAGUCUAUCUCUGUAUCUACUAGUACUCCGUACUAUAAAGGCACCUUUUCUCCAUCUCCA